AUGAAGAAGGAAGAGGAAGGGGAAGAAGAAGGAAGAAGAAGAGAAAAGGGAAGAAGAGGAAAGAAGAAGAAGGGGAAGAAGGGGAAGAAGAGGAAGAAGGGGAAGAAGAGGAAGAAGGGGAAGAAGAGGAUGAAGGGUAAGAAGAGGAAGAAGGGGAAGAAGGGGAAGAAGAGGAAGAAGAGGAAGAAGGGGAAGAAGGUUAUGGAUGAAGAAGGAAGAGGAAGGGGAAGAAGAAGGAAGAAGAAGAUAGAAAAGGGAAGAAGAGGAAAGAAGAAGGGGAAGAAGGGGAAGAAGAAGCAGCAGAGGAAGAAGGGGAAGAAGAGGAAGAAGGGGAAGAAGGGGAAGAAGAGGAAGAAGAGGAAGAAGGGGAAGAAGAGGAUGAAGGGGAAGAAGAGGAAGAAGGGGAAGAAGAGGAAGAAGGGGAAGAAGAGGAAGAACGGGGAAGAAGGGGAAGAAGUGAAGAGGAUGAAAUUAGAAGAAUGUGUUGUAAGGGGCUGA